AUGUCAGCUGAACAUUUCAUUGGAUCUGGUACCCUACAAUCGAUUUCUUUCCAUAAGAUUUACGUCUUGGUUAUUGUUGGGUUCCAUGACAGACACCUCCAUUCCCUCUCAUUCAAUUCCAAUAAUUGGCGUGUGUACCGCGAUUUGUUGACUAGUCGAUUAGAGAUUUUAAUUACACAGACUAUUUUCCAAACAACUGGUUUGCAAUGGCUUACAAUCUUAAUGGAUGAUGUUUAUGAGUUUUCAGCUUCAGCUGUUACUGCUUGGCUUAUAUUCGAGAUGUUGAUUUUGUCUCACAAUGCUAUUACAGGAGUUGAACUUAAUUUCCAAAGAGUUAAGUCUUACCCUGAAGCCAUUAGUUCGAACAAGUUCAUUUUGGAGGCGGACUCUCUUGAGUCUAUGCACUUCAAAGAUUGUGCCCUGGAUCUAUUCAAGCUUGUCGGGAAAAGGACCUUGAAGCAUUUAACAGUAAAUGAUUCUAGUGUUAUAACUCUUGAUGUUGGUGAAAAAGCUGAAAGUCUUGAAGUUGUUGAUGUUAGCAACUUCACAUUAGCCCAGCCAAAGUUAUAUUAUAUGAUAUUUAAGUCGUCGAAUUUGAGAGUUCUUCGGCUUUGGGAUGUGGAGUUUGAUGAUGAUGAUGACAUUAUCGAUUUGGAAGCUAUCGCUAUUUGCUUGCCUAAUCUGUGCCAUCUUUCAUUGAGUAGUUGUACUAAGAUACCCCCAUCUCGAAAAGUUGAUAAUUUGUGGUAG